CCUAGUGUAGUGUGUGUUCCUCCUGACAUGCUGAAAGGAUUUGGAUAUGUAUGAGGUGUGCUUAUUUGGAUCCGUGUUGCCGGGUUCGCCCGGGAAUCCGCCAGUUGGGCCCCUGGCGCUUCGACCUUGGAACGGGAUUGGCCGAAGGCUGUUCUUUGGAAUGUUCCAAAUCCCACAUAUAGAAGACCAGAACCUUCCUGUCAGGUUGCGCAGGUAGCGUUGUAACUCCACCAUGGGUCUAACGGAAAGUAUCGUACCUUCUUCGGGUAACGUGGUCUUGGACUCCAUAGCCAGGAACGCAGUUGUCCAGUCGGCGGUGCAAGGUAUGAUCGACGCAGCUGUGCAAAACGCGGCAAGCAACGUGGUGGAGCGGCAGCAAACUGCGAUCCGCGAGCUGGAAGAGAGAUUUGUGCAAGAAAUUCAGACAUUGGAAAAGACAGUCUCGAAUAUGAGACAACAAAAGACAGCUACGGAGAUGAAGCUCCUGGAAAUGAAACAACUGGAGGAAUCCGUGGAAAAGUUGGAAAAACGAGUUGGCGACCUGGAGAUUUCCAUCAAGACAAUAAAGACGAUAAUCCCUGAGGCGAAGGCUGUGGUGGAAAUGUUUCUGAAACAAAUCAAGACCACGGCAGAGGUGCCGGAUCAGACACCCCGUGUUGACAUCUCGUCGGGAGCUGCUGACACCUCCAUUUCGACUUCAUCGUCUUCUACUGCCGCCAUGUCAAUUCGAUGUGACGGUGACACUACCAACCCAGGCUCUGAAUCGACACAGACAAGUAAAGUCAGUGGGUGUACAAAUCCUGCGUUUAAUUGUAAAUUGUAUUCAUCUGCGUCUGUCCCGACGUUUCAAACCAAUGGCACACCCCCAGUUCAUGAAUUCGCAUCGACGUUUGAGACCACGUUUUCCAGUGCGCUUCCAAAUCCCGCGCUUGAACCUACAGCGCCUUCCUCUGCUCCUGCCUCGUCAAUUCAGACAAAUGGCACACUCCCAGUCCGUGAAUUCACACCAGCGUCUAAGACCACGUUCUCCAGUGUUCGUUCAAAUCCAGCGCUUGAACCUACAGCGCCUUUCUCUGCUCCUGCCUCCUUAAUUGAAACCAAUGACACACCCCCAGUCGCUGAAUCCACAUCGCCGACUAAGACAACGUUAUCGACUGGACAUUCAGAGCUGCCUCGUACAUCGGCUGCCAAAAAUAUUUUGCCUCCGGCGUUCUCCGGCUCCAAACGCGCAGACUCACCACUUUCCUGUACUUCCUUCAACGAAUCGACUCCUGCCGGUCGAAAUGCUCAGUCUGCCACUGAGCAUCAAUGCACUGCACUCCCAGGAACAGCGAUUUCCUCGCCCUCUGUUGUCUUGCCUCAGUCUCAAAGAAAGAAGUCGAAACGAGCUUUCUACAAGAACAAAAUAGCGGAAACAAAGUUCCUUAAAGCGGUGGAGAAAGGCAAAGUUGAAGUGGUCCGCAAGUUGAUGGAAGAAAAUGUCAACAUUAACUCAUACGGUCGAGAAGGAAUGACUGACGUCACCGGGGUCUACGAAGAUCAACGGGGUCUCCAUUAGUCUCUACGCUACAUAGAGAGUUUGAAUAAUCCAAAGCGCCUCGUGCGUCCUUGUUUCCGGCAGCCGCUGCAUUGGGCGGCGGAGCGGGACCGCGCCGGGCGCUGCGUUGAGCUGCUGCUGGCUGCGGGGGCGCCGCUGGACGCCCGCACGCGCCGCGAGGGCGACACACCCCUGCACCUGGCGGCGAGCGAGGGCAACGAGGCGGCGGCCGCCGCGCUGCUGCGGGCCGGCGCUGAGGUCGCGAAGCGAAGGAAGGCUUUUCCACGAAGUCAGGAAGUAGUGGCAUGGAGACUUUUAUCGCAAGAUCCUUGUUCUGCUAUUCCUGUAUGUUCUCGUUAUCUUUCAGAUUAA